AUCGUUGCUAAAUGACUUUGGUCUUGUUCACAGGAAGCAUUGCAAAAUGUCAAGUAGAGGGAGAAGUAAUUAAACUGCCAAUCCUGGCCGGGAACCCUUGUAUAACCUGUAUAUGUAAGAAUAAAGAAGUUGUUUGUAGAAAAGAAAGAUGUCCGGACUUAACUGGAUGUUCUUUAGUAGUUAGUAACCCGAGCACGCAAUGUUGCACACAGUGUAAAAGUUGUUCAUUCAAUGGCGAGUAUUAUAGAAGUGGUGAUGUCUGGUUUCCCACAAGCGAUUCCUGCCAACAAUUCCAAUGUCAGGAAAGCGUGGUAACAGCAUCAAGGGUGCAAUGUUUUAUUAUCUGCACUAAUCCUAUAUAUAUUGAGGGCCAAUGUUGCCCUUCUUGUGAAGGCUGUUUGUACGAUGGCUCCCGACAUGCCGAUGGGGAGGUAUUUACAGCAUCUGACGACCCGUGCGUUCAGUGUAAAUGCGAGGGAAAAAAUGUAAAAUGCACAAGGAAAGUUUGUCCAGUAUUAUCAUGUCCAGAAUUGCAUCGGCGGACGCAUCCCGGCCAGUGCUGUCCGUCGUGCAUAGUCCAAAGAAGAGUGUUCGAGUUAGGAAAUAAAUGUAUUUAUAAAACUGACGUCUAUGAAGAUGGAGAAGUUAUUAUCGUCGAUGAAUGCACACGGUGUACUUGUAUUGAUACGACUUUAAUGUGUCACAGGCAAGCGUGUCCUGAUUCAUUACCAUGUGGUGUCAACGAUCAAGUUAUUGAACACGGAGCAUGUUGUCCGAAAUGUCGCCGGAAAAUGUGCCAAGUGCAGGACAAGUUUUACGAGGAAGGGGAUACGUGGUCACCAAGUGUAUGUGAAGAAUGCAAGUGUACCGCUGAUGGCGUCCUUUGCAAUGUUAAAAAAUGCCAAUAUACAUACAGAUGGUGCCCUAGAAAUCAAGAGUUUAAAGUACCGCUGGGGGAAUGUUGUCCUCGAUGUAUGGAAAAGAAUGGUGUAUGUACUGUGUACGGUGAUCCGCACUAUCAAACCUUCGAUGGGAAAGCGUAUACUUUCCAGGGAAACUGUAAAUACAUAUUAGCGAAAGAUUGCGUGGGAAAAAGCUUCUCCGUGAAAGUUAAAAAUGACGACCGUAACACGGGACUUUACUCUUGGACCAAAACGGUUUUCUUUUCUAUCGGAAAUUAUAACAUUGUAUUGCUACCUUACUAUAACGUCAAGGUAAACAAAGAGUUAAUAUCGUUACCUUACAGCCUCCGAGGUAUUGAUAUUUCCAAGGAAAACACACUCAUCACAGUAAAAACUGAUAUAGGCGUUUCAGUUGCUUGGGAUGGUGACAGUUUUGCCGAGGUAGAGGUUGACACGUCGUACAAGGGUAGACUUUGUGGCCUCUGUGGCAACUACAACGAUAUCGGCAGUGACGACUAUAUGUCACCCGGUGGUGAGGUUCUAAGAAGUACAAAUAGUUUCGUGAAUUCCUGGAAAGUGGGGAAGAACAGCUGUGAAAAGAAAUCUAAAGACGAACCGAAGAAACCGAUGAAUUUUCCAUGUCAGAGAGUCAGCACAGUAAAAAGAAUGAAGGCUCAUAUGAUGUGCAAAGUUUUAAAAUCAGACAGCUUCAAAGAAUGCCGUGAAGUUAUUGAUUAUAUGAAUUACCACAGAUCGUGUAUAGUUGAUAUGUGUGAAUGUCCCGAGAACAAGAUGUGUUCGUGUGAGGCCAUAACGGCAUAUUCCAGAGCCUGUGAACGCAAGGGAAUUAAAGUUGACUGGAGUCCCCAAGCUGAAUGUGAAGCUCAAGUUUGCCCAGAGGGCGCUAUGUUCGAUGUCUGCGGGCCAGCCUGUGAGCGAACCUGCAAGAACAACAAUGGCAACUACCAAUGUGAUAAGCCGUGCGUUGCAGGUUGCCACUGUAAAGCCGGAUACGUAAUGCAUAGAAAUAGGUGCAUAAAAGCGAAAUAUUGUCCAAAGUAGGGCUGUGUCCGAAGGAUAGCCAGAUUGCGGUAAGGGGGAAGUAAAGCUAUCGUUGUGGACAAAGUAAGCCAACAUCUGCAGCAUCCUUAAGCAAAACCACAUAUUUGCCAACGCAUUGGAGAUCAAACUGGAUAUUCACUUAACAGAUUUCAACAAGGUGUACAUACAUUAUUGUAUCAGGAACUAUUAACCACUUGGGCAAUGUAUGAACGAUCACACGCCUGAUUAAGUGUACAUGCCAACCGUUUCCACACCACAAUUGAUUUCUGAUGUAUUGACCUCUUCUGCGAAAUAUAGCACUCCGAUGAGAUAAUGAUUCAGCAAAACUAAUAAAAUAAACGCAAGAGUACAUCGGGUAGACUUCCCCUGACAAUGACUGAUCCUUUCAGUCAGUACAUUUUCUGAUCACAACAUUAUUAUGUACAUUCAUGUACAGUAUCAAGAUAUAUACAGAGCUCAACAGGUUGGUGAAUGUUUGAUAUCGAAUGCUGACUGUUAUAAUUAGUAGACUAUGGACCGUCAUGAUGUGUUACUCCUGGGAUCGAAAUGCAACUUCAACAGUUUUUGAGAAAAUAUUAUAUAGAUACCACUUCUACAUUGUAACAGCUUGUAUUUUUCAAAAUGUAAUGACAGGCUGCAAGUUCUAUCAAUUUCAAUCACUUGAAUAUCCAGUUUAUUUCACUCUUUAGCCUGUAUUAUAUUCCUUCAAUGGCUUUAGUAUUUUCUACUAGAAUUGUGAUUAAUCUAUAUUUACCAUCAGCAGUCUUGUUUUUUGUAAUAUUUGCAUAUUUUUACAAAUAGUUGUUAUAUAAAUGAUAAUUUUUAUUUAUUUAAAUAUUAAUAAUAAUAAUAAUAAUAAUAAUAAUACAAACUAUUCAUUUACUCUUAAAAAUUGAGAUUUCCUAGACCUUCGCAACGUAUUAUACCGCUACCUGUCCAGCCAAAGUUUUUAUCGAAAUGCAAUUUUUUACUGUACGCCGUUGAACAAUUAUUGUAUUUAGAAGUAAUUAUAUUUGAUACAUUGUAACUAACGGCAUAAUGUAACACUAUGGUAGGAUAGGCAGAGAGAUAUGACAGCGAAUAAUGUGGUUAUGAGUAAAUAAUUUAUUGAUUGGAUUUUGAGUGCGUCGGAGUGUAUAUAGUUUACAAAGUGACGUGACGUCAUAGCCAGAUUUCUUCAAAACAAAAAGCAGUUUAAUUAUGAAUUUACGUAAUCCUAUGAUAUUUAUCUUCAAUAAAUCAAAUUCCGAACUAUGGUAGGUUACUAAUUAUAGCUUGUAAUUUUAUACUUUAAAUACUAAUUCACUCAUAGUGUACAUUUAGAAAUGAGUGGUAUAAAUAUGUAUUAUUAAUGUAAAAUAUGAAUAUUAUAAUAUUCUGGUUCUGUGAUUAAGUAUUCAAAAAAAUUACGGCAUGUAUUUAACUUAUUAUUUCAAAUCCAAAUCAUAAUUAAACGUCGCUGUUAUUCGUUUACUUAUGUUAUCCACACGUUUUGAAAUAAUUUCUAGAAUAAUAUUUAUUUCCAGUUCAAGAACAAGUCUGGCGAAGGUAUAUUUUAUAAUAAAUUCCACUUUGAACGAAAUCAGAA